AUGAAAAGAGAGGAGAAAGAGAUAUCAAAGAAGAUGUUGGAGACAUCAAAGAAAAUGCCAAAGAGAGAAACCCAUCAAGGUGGUGGACGGAAACCCUGGGAAAACGACGUCUUUGUUCUGGUUCCCAUUGGGUUCCCUCUGGACGUGUUCGACGGCGACCCCUUUGGACUGCUAAGUAAGAAGAAAUUUAGGACUCUUGCUGUUGAAUUCGAUACAUUUAUAGAUGAUGAAUUUGGUGAUGUGAAUGGAAACCAUGUUGGAGUUGAUGUCAAUAGUGUAGUUUUGGUUAAAGUGGGCAACGCUUCUUCUAUCAAUUUGGUUCUGAAUAGUGGUGAGAAAUUCCAAUCUUGGAUCGAUUACGAGGCGGGUUCAAAGCGGCUAGAGAUUAGGCUAGCUAAAUUAGGGGGAAUGAAGCCCAUCGAUCCUUUGGUUUCUUGCUCAAUUGAUUUGUCUAGGAUGUGGAAGGAAGAUGAGGCGUUUAUAGGUUUAAGCUCGUCAAAUGGGAAUUCAUCCCAGAGCUGUAAUGUGCAUUCAUGGAGCUUUGAGCUUAAGGUUGUGCCCCACUAG